ACUGUAGCUGCUGACUUUUAAAAUACAGACACUUACCUGUUCCUCAGUCCAGCAGUGCCCUCACCACCACUGGUUUCACAGGCCAUCUUAUCUCCCUGGCGCUGUUCUGCAGUCUCUGGUCAUCUCCUGUACUAUGUCCCCAGUCUCUGGUCAUCCCCUGUACUGUGUCUGCAGUCUCUGGUCAUCCCCUGUACUGUGUCUGCAGUCUCUGGUCAUCUCCUGUACUACGUCCGCAGUCUCUGGUCAUCCCCUGUACUAUGUCCACAGUCUCUGGUCAUCCCCUGUACUAUGUCCGCAGUCUCUGGUCAUCCCCUGUACUGUGUCCCCAGUCUCUGGUCAUCCCCUGUACUGUGUCCCCAGUCUCUGGUCAUCCCCUGUACUGUGUCUGCAGUCUCUGGUCAUCCCCUGUACUGUGUUUGCAGUCUCUGGUCAUCUCCAGUAGUAUGUCUGCAGUCUCUGGUCAUCCCCUGCACUGUGUCCCCAGUCUCUGGUCAUCCCCUGUACUGUGUCUGCAGUCUCUGGUCAUCUCCUGUACUGUGUUUACAGUCUCUGGUCAUCCCCUGUACUGUGUACGCAGUCUCUGGUCAUCUCCUGUACUGUGUCCGCAGUCUCUGGUCAUCCCC